GUGCCUUUUUUGUAACAGAAGUCAGAUUCAUAGCCUGGUUUUUCUUUUUUGAGAUUGUUGCCCAGGCUGGUCUCGAACUCCCGGGCUCACACGAUUCUCCCAUCUCAGUCUUUUGAGUAGCUGGGGCUCCAGAAAACAUUUUCAUGUAGUUGUUGCAGUGAUCCAGUAAGGUUUGUGGGUUUAAGUAAGCUGCCAGCUCACAUUUCCUGACAGAGGAAGAAGGAGAGACGGCCCGUCCAGGCUACACUGCAUGUACCGUGCUGGGCUGGAGCCGAGGCACAGACCUCAUCAGCAGAGCCAGUCUUCCCCUGCCAUGCUGUGUCACCUCCCAGCCAGGUGGCCCUGUCAAUCGACCAGGGAGGACCCUGUGAGGGAGACAGAGCCCUGCCCUGGUGGAGCUGAGGUCUGGAGGGGCCACACCAGUGCUGUCCUGCUCACUCUGGAGCCUCUGAGGGGUCACAAUUAGGUCUUCAUCAGUGAGCCGUGUCCCCAAGGAGGAGGGACAGGAAGGUCAGGGUGCUGGGCCCUGCCCGGCUCCUCAGUCACUGUCCCUGGCCCUCUGCAGCCAUCCACUUUGGCUGGAUGCCGGAGGCUGAGAAGAGGAAGCUGGUGGCGGGGCUGACAGCCAGAGAGGAGCAGCAGCACAGCCCGCAGCUGGCUGACCUGAGGGCCUUCUCCAAGCACAUCUACAACGCCUACCUGAAGAACUUCAACAUGACCAAGAAGAAGGCCCGCAGCAUCCUCACCGGCAAGUCCAGCCACACAGCGCCCUUCGUGAUCCAUGACGUCGAGACACUGUGGCAGGCAGAGAAGGGCCCGGUGUGGAAGCAGCUGGUGAACGGCCUGCCGCCCUACAAGGAGAGCAGGGUGCACGUCUUCUCCCGCUGCCCGUACACCACGGUGGAGACCGUGCGUGAGCUCACUGAGUUCGCCAAGAGCAUCCCCAACUUCAGCAGCCUCUUCCUCAAUGACCAGGUGACCCUGCUCAAAUAUGGUGUGCACGAGGCCAUCUCCGCCAUGCUGGCCUCUGUCGUCAACAAAGACGGGCUGCUGGUGGCCAAUGGCAGUGGCUUUGUCUCCCAUGAGUUCCUGCGCAGCCUCCGCAAGCCCUUCAGUGACAUCCUCGAGCCCAAGUUUGAGUUUGCUGUCAAGUUCGAUGCCCUGGAACUGGAGGACGGUGACCUGGCUCUGUUCAUCGCGGCGAUCAUUCUGUGCGGAGGGGAGCGAGACCAGGGCAGAGACCGGCCGGGCCUCGUGAACGUGCCUCAGGUGGAGGCCAUCCAGGACACCAUCCUGCGCACCCUGGAGUUCCACCUGCAGGUCAACCACCCCGACUCCCAGUACCUCUUCCCCAAGCUGCUGCAGGAGAUGGCCGACCUGCGGCAGCUGGUCACCGAGCACGCCCAGAUGAUGCAGCGGAUCAAGAAGACGGAGACUGAGACCCUGCUGCCCCCACUGCUGCAGGAGAUCAGCGGGCCUCUUCUCCCAACUCUCGCUGCAACAGAAAGUUUUUUAAAGACAAAGAAAUUCAAAGCCAGCACAAACACACCAAAAAUGACUGUGCUUCUUGAUCUCUUUCGAGUUUCAUAUUCUUAAUGAAGAAGAUUAUCCAGUUGUUGAUGUGUUUUUCCACCAUCAGUCUGUCAGCAGUUAAUGGUAAAGUCUGCCUGGCAGCUUCUUUCCAAUGCGAUCACAAAACUAUUAUGCUAGGAAGAGUGUCCUGGUGUUCACAUUUAAAUGAGAUUCUUAGCGCAGGUGUUUGGAUAGUCAGUCAUAUGGGAAAAAUAUUUUAUCUUUAGUUUUACUAAUCUCUGCUUGAAAAUAUGGCACUUCCUUCCAUUUUGAAUAAAAACACAGUGAUGUUACUACUACCCUUGAUUUUUUCCACCAUUAGAAAUCGGUAAUUUCGUAUCACAGUAUAGUUAUUGGAGAUAUUGUAUAAUUUCAUUUAUGAUCCCAAGUGCUUGGAAUUAAAAUAGUUAUAUUGUACCUGCAAGCUGAUCUUGCUUAAUGCUGUCAGAAAGGAGCACACAAAUGAUUAUAUAAGAGUUUGCUAUUUCUAAGAUAUUUUAACAAUUAUAUCUCAAAAUAGUUGUUUUCCCUUACAAUCCUGUUUUUAGAAUAACUUUACCCUCAUGUAACUCUUAUUCUGAGAUAAAAUCCAUGGUCUUUACCAGGAUGUCAAGAGUCUGUGGCACAAAAACUUGAGAACAUUUACCUCAAAUGUGGUUAAUUCUUGCUCAGGAACAAUGUAAAAACCCCUACAGUAAAGCACUACCAGGGACAUCCUACUUAGAACUCAGGCAAUUGAUAUUCAAAGCAGCUUUUCAUUUGUCCAAGGACCUAAGCAGAUUUUCUGGGCGCAUCAGACUUGCUUCUUAUAUCUGUUAUUGAUCAAAAAUGAUGAUGAGCUGGAUUUCAAAUCCUGGGGUCAGGUGUCUCCCCUCCCACCCCAUCAGCUUGUGCUCCCCUUUGUGGUAUUCACCAUAAAGGUUCUUGAUCCCCUUCCUGGGUCCAUUGGUGACAUGGGCAUUGGACCACAACACCAUGUCUUUUUAUUUCUAAGUUGCUCAGGAAGGUCAACUCUCCUACUUGUUUUUCAAUGUUACUCCUGCUUGUAGAUUUAUUGCUAUUAUGAGUAACAGCUGCUGUGAAACACUUGGUUCAGCUCUGAGGAAACACCUUGUACUGGUGCUGGCAGAAAGAUAGCAGGUCUCACAUGAGUGACAGAAGUUUAAAGGAACAAAUACUAAAAUGAUGAGAUUUGGAUAUCUAUCAUUAAACAAACACUCCAUGUGGAUUCAGUAUUUGCAUUUUUAAAAAAUGUAUUCCUUCAAGAAUAUCAUCUCAGAGAUAACUCAUUGAAAUAAACAAAGCUGAAUAACAAAUCUAUUUGUGUUUGGGUUGCAAGAAGAUAAAGAUUCUAAAAUGAACAUUUUGAAAGGAAGAUAUUUUAUAUACUUGACAAUAAUUAUAAAAUGUGAAGUAAAAUUAUGGUUCAAAUAAAGUUUCCUAAAGUUACAUUGUACAAUAUUGCAGCUUUGGGAUGCCUUAAAGAGCAAACAGUAUAAACUGACUUUUCUAAAUGAGGAGAUUUUAUGGCAGGAAACAGUCAAUUCAAAUACAGCAGAGUCUUACCCGACUGUGACAUGUGGCAGAGCCAGGGGCAGAACUCAGAAAUCCAGACCUCAACCACAGCUCCUUCCACCUCUGCGUGUCAGUUGUUUCAAGGAAGCAAUGACUUUGGACCCAGGUACUUUCCAGUCCUCUGGCUUACCUAGCGAAUAUUGAGAUGACUUCACUCUCCUUUUUCUACAUCACACAUGAAAAUAUUGAAUGAGAGGAGUACUUAUGUCUCCCAAGUUAGGACGUUUGAUUUUCUCCUUCACUUAACCCACGGAAGCUGCCCACAGUCUUUCGACAUCACCUAGCCACAGUACCUCUCGUCUUU